AUGGAUAUGGUGGAUAUGAUCAGUGCCUUGCCGGAUCCUAUUCUUCACUCGAUUCUUUCACGUCUUCCAACUACCGAAGAAGUAAUCCGAUCCAGCAUUUUGUCGACUCGAUGGAGGUACCUGUGGACUUCAAUUCCCUCUAUAGACAUAGAUUAUUCCCGAGGAUUGAUGCCCUUUAAAGAAUUCAGAAACAACAAAUUUGAAGAGUUUGUGUGUGGUGUUUUGGCAAACAAAUCCAUAGAUUUGGAUAGUUUUCGGUUAUGUUGUGGGAAUUACUUCAGUAUGUCAACAGUAAGGCGGUGGAUUAAUGCUGCCAUCACUAGAAACGUCAAACUACUUGACUUGAUGUUUCACCCGACGGAGGAAAGUAAAAUAACUGAUGUGCCCCAUUGUCUUGUGAAUUGCAGUUCAUUGGAGGUAUUAAGGUUGUGUUUGUUCGGAGGAUUAUUUUUGUUGCGUAAUUAUUCAGGGUUUCUGACAAUUAGGGUUCUUGAGUUGAAAACUUGUAUCUUAAUAGACGAUGAUUUGGUAAAAGAUUUUCUCAAAAGCAGCUGCCCAUUGCUUGAAGACCUGAGUUUGGUAAACUGCAUGACAUCCACCAUUACAGUUUUUUGUAUUUCAUGUCCAAAGCUAAAGAAUCUGAGAAUUGAUAACCGGAAAGUACUUGAUUGCGAAGAGUUGGGGGAUGACAUCGACAUGUGUGAUAACCUAGAGAUUUUUUGUCCAAAACUGGUGUUUUUGGAGCUUUCAGGCCAUAGAGAAUUACCAUCUGAAUCGAUGGACACCAUAGUAUGUGCUUUGUUUUAUGAAAUUUCCAAUGUGGAACUUUUGUCGACUAGCCUUUUCUACGACCAUAAGUGCAUUAAUCUAGAAGAUCUCCCUAAAUCUCUACCUAAUCUCAAGACUUUGGAGAUAACCACAAUAGCUGAUGCCUUCAACAUGGAUGUACUAAUCCGAAUUCUCACCCUUUCUCCGAAUCUGGAGUCUCUUCAUUUGAUAAUUGAAAAGAAGCUUCCAGUUUGGAUUUCUGGGAGAUGGAAUGCCCCUUUGACUACAUAUUUGAACGGCUUAAGAUGGUAA